AUGGAUGUAUUGGAUGUCAGCCUUGAUUUGACUUCGCCCGCUUCUUUGGGAUCUUCUUCCCGCAAUAAGCAACGGCUGAGAAAAAUGGCAAAAUCUCAUCCAGAUAAUCAGUCCCAACGAAAGUCAAAUGUCGCCGCUACACCAAACCGCAAGUCAAUCCCCAAAAAAGAAUCAGAGAAAACACCAGAAAUACCAAAUAAUUCUGUAACAACUCCUGUUUCUGUGGAAAGUGAACCGGGAAAGAGAUCGUCUCGAGCCAAAGCACUUCGACGUUAUUCACCUGAUUUCUUCACACCACCACCAAAAAAGAAAUUUUUGCGCGAUGAGAAAGUUUUAACUAACGUGAAGUGUGUGGAAAUUCGUGAAACCAUUGGGAAGAUCAGAGCCAUCGAAAAAAGUUUUGAAGAAUAUGUUUUGCGGCCAGAAAUUACGAAAGACUUGAAAGCAAGAACAGAUAAAAUUCAAAAUACUCUAGAUGAAUUGGAAAAGAAAACAAAUAAAACUCCUUCAAAACCAAUUAAAGCCGUGAUCAAAAAGUCAGGGAGUCCCAAGAAAGAUUCGCAGGCAUCCACAUCGAUAUCACGCUCAAUUCGCAACCGUGCCCCCAGCAGUCGUUUCCCUAAUUCCGAGGAAGAGAAGAAAUCUGAUGCCGAAAUUGGGCAUUCUCACUCCGAUGGGCCGAGUUCGUCGGCAAAUCCGGAAUCAGGCCAAAAAUCGAGUAGCGUCGAAGAAAAUACAAAUCCUGCGAGAAGUCCAAAAAGUGAUGACAAAGUUCCUGAAGAAUCUGAGCCAAAGCACACAAAAGUGGAGAAAGCGAUUGAAAAGAUGGCAAAAAAUAGAAAGUCGGUUGGAGAAAAAAAAUCAGAUAAUAUGGAAGUUGUCAAAGCUGGAAAACGAUUAUCGAUAAAAAAAACUGCUGCUCUUGCCUCUAACGACACUCAGGAGAACGAAAAUCUCGGAAGUGAGUCAUCAGUUGCGAAGAAGAUUCCUUCGAAGAGAAAGUCCGUUGCAUUCGAGGAACCUCUUAUUCAAGAAGAUCCAUCGCCUUCAGCGCAAGUGACGAAUGAGACUGAGAAUGAAACUGAAACAACCACAAAGCCAGACGCGCGACAAACCCGCCGUAGUAAAUCUAACAAAAUUGAAGUGGAAAAGAAAACGGAAGCUGUUGAAAAUGAAAAAGCUCGAAAAGCAGUCCGCCCAAGAAGUUCGAUAGAAAAGAAGUCGACGGCGUCAUCGAUUCUCAAUACAGCGUUUGCCAUCAAACAAAAGCUCGAGCAAGAAGAAACACGUAUUAAAAAUCGACGAUCGCUCCCGAAAAAAGAUGGAAAAUCAGAAACUAAUGAAGUCGCAAAACAAAAGGAAAUAGUGGAAAAAGAGCAGAGAGAACCGGAAUCGACGUCAACUACUGAGAUCAUUGAAGAAAAAAACGUGACGCUGAAUGAUUCAGUAGAAGUUGCCGAGGAAGCUUUCCUAUCUUCUACUGCUCAGACAGCUGAAACAACAACCAGUUCUAAUGCUUCCACAGAAAGCAAAAAAGAAGCGGAUGCGAUAUCUGACCCUACUGUUAAAAUUGAGAAUAAGGAUUCAACUGAAGCUAACAAAACGCGAAUUUCGGGUGGUUCUGAGGAACAAAGAUAUUCUGUUCCAGCGCCCAACGAGGAGCCGAAGUUAUCUGCGAAGACGCCGCCUAAGUCACGUCCAAGUAUUAAUAUCAGAAUUGAACCAGUACGAUCUUCGACUCGAGCUCAUAAACCGAACAGGCUUUAUUCCGGAAAUUUCGAUGUAGAUCCGAGUAUUGGACGAGUUUUGGGGAGCAUUAAAGGGAAAAGCGUUGAUGUGCCGGUGACAGGUGGCGAAACUUCCGAAAAACCACACACAAAAGUAAAAAUUGAAGUGAAUGUUAAAGAUAUUACGCCAGUCAGAGAGAAAAAGAAGCCUCCGGAAAAUCCAUUAAGACAUGGUGUACUCCGAAACUAUGUUCCUUCCAUUAAACCCUAUAUUCCAAACUUUGAACGAGAUGGAAAAGUUGUGAAUUGUGCACAAAUUGUCAACUGUGUUAUGGAUGCGAUACUGUAUGAAGUGUGUGGAGACGGUGUAAAGAAGCAUUCGGAUAUUAUGACACCGCGCCAGAAGAAACAACACACAGCAAUGUGCGCUGCUCGCCGAUCUGAAAUCCAUCGAAAGGCGAUGGCUGAGAGUCGGACGCAACGAGAUGAUAAAUUAAGGGUUCGUAUCGAAAUCGAUACACCGGAAGAAAAAGGACGAAGAAGUCGUCAAGCGCCGAAAAAGGAUGCUGAUUACAUGUACAUACCAAUAAAACGGUCGAAAGAGAGCUCUGCAGAUCCAGAGUACGAAGCUGAAAUAUCGGAUCAAGGUACUGAACGGGAACAACAGUUGGCGAGAGAGUUUUUGUCGAAAGUGAAUACCGAUGAAAUUAUGAAAGCAAUUCAAAGCGAAAAAACUCGCGUACACACAGAAUCUAAAAAGAAGAAAAAGAUGACAAUUGAAUCUUAUAUGAAUAAAAAGCAUAUUAUGAAUCGACCUGAAUGUGGAAUUCGUCUUUACGAUAAAUCGAAAAAGGCAGUGCAUAAUCACAGACCAUCCGAGUAUUUUUAUGCGGAAUUCGCAACAGAUUACAAGCCCGUGGAAAAUGUUGAAGUUACGCUGGCUGAUGAGGAAGACAUUGACAUUGGUAGUCCUUCUGAUUUGACAAAUAACGAAGAUUUUCUGAUCUAUCGAAAAAUUGUGCGAAAGAUGCACGGCGAAGCUAUUGAUUUGGCGAAUCGUAUCGAGGAAUUACUCGCACGUCCACAGGCGCCUCCUGGAAUGGAGGAAAACCUUGAUUUUGUAAUUAUUCGAGCUGCUGAGCAACCAGAACAAGUGCGAAGGGUCUUCGAUGACGCCUUAUACCUUGUUAAGCAGCAAUUCAUUCUAGAGAAUGCGGCGCCAGCGAGAAAGUACAACAUAGAAUCUUCCCUGUAUACAAGUACUUUUGCAAAUGCCCACAAGCUCAAAGACAUCCUUUGUGCAUGUGACAUACCCACACAAAGUGCUGUUACUUGGGUUCAUCGAUUCUUCGUCGAAAAUCUUCCUGCUACAUACUUGGCUGCAUACCUGUCGCUUUUACGAUAUUCCAAAGGAAUGUUUGGUUCGCACGUUACAACUUUGGUGAAAUCGACAGAAAGUGAAUAUCCGCCAUGGAGUGAAAUAACUAGUCUAAUCAAGGAAUUAAUCAAGAAAAAAGCAAUCGAUCCUGAAACUGAUGAUAUUGAUGACACAAUUGACAUGGAAUCAAUGUCUGAUACGGUUUUUCUGCUUAUUUCCCCGUCGGUGUCCGUCGGGGAACCGAAGACGAGACGUCGAGCCCAAGAAAGUAUAUUCAGAUGGCUCCGGCACGUUGGGCAUCAUGAAUCAACGCUGAUCAAAAUUCAGGAAAAUGAUUCGCAAUCAGUCAAUGAGAUUGAAUGGCUCACUGAUUUUCUUCUGAACUCAGUUAUUGUCAAGGUAGCACAAAUUGCCAAGAAGUAUCCAAAUGUGCGAAUUGUGUUAGUUGGAUGGAAUUGGUCGUCGUAUACUGCAUUACUUGCUGCUAAUCACGUACACGGAAUUUCGGCAAUCAUUGCGCUAGGCUUCCAGGUGUUAUGUGAUGGUUUUCGACGUGGUCAUGCUGACGAUGAAAUCAAUCUGACGUAUUGUCCAACAUUGUUCGUCGUGGGUUCAGAUGACCCUGAUCACAAUGAUGUUGCAAUGAAAGACUUGCAAUGUUCGAUGAUUAAUCCAACGGGGCUUGUUGUCGUCGGAAAUGGAAACGAAGACCUUCUAUUACCUGCUAACGUUCUAUUCCGGCUUGGAGUUACUCAGAAAUUCAUUUUUCGACUCAUUCUGGAAAAAAUUUUUGAAUUCUUAAAAUUACCGGAAACUCGCUGGGAACGAACGAAGCUCGUUCCUGCUGAACUAAACGAUGUAUUCAAUGUUGAUCCGUUGUUGUUCAAGAGCGAAAAGGUUCAAGAGAAGACCCACAAUCAGCAACAGCAACUACUUCAACAACAAAAUAGUGCACCUGCGCCGACACUCUCUCCAGCCCCAGUAGGCGGCAGUGGUGGCGGAAGAAGAGCAACAGUUAGCGUUAUUGAUGAUUCACCGCGACUCAAUGCACAACCAAUUACAAAGAAGAAACGUGUUACUGACACUACUCCUUUGCCGUCGCCAGUCUGUGGAGUAGACACAGCGCGACUUAGAUUCGACGAACUCAUGAAAAAAGUUCAAGUUCCUGAUGAUAUUCCGCAACGUCGAACUACAACUGACUUCCAAAAGCCAAUUGAACGUGGAGAUUUGCGUGACAGAAGUUUAACCACGCCGGCAAGUCUUACUCGCAACACAUUUCAUGCGCCAUCGGCAGCACCUCAACAACAGCAACAAGCACCACAACCCUCGCCAAAAGGUCCCAUUGAUCCCGCUUCGAUCUCUCUAAUUUAA